GUAAAAUAAAGUAUAAAUACGUUCGCUUUCCAUUAAGAAUUAUCAUUAGCAGUUAAAUUUUUAAUCUUCGAUUCUAUCAUCUCCUUAAGGAUAAUCUUUAAACAAAAUGAACAUCGCAAUCUACUGCUGUUUUGUGUGCGUGUUUUACCUCUGGACCAGUGCUGAAGGAGCGCAUGUAACCAACUGCAGGGCGGGAAGCGCCUGUAAUGCGUGUCCUGAAGGUCAAUUCUGGAUCGUGAAGGUCAAUGACGCACUUGGUCGGUCACGUGACCUGAAGGUGUGUUCACCCACGUGCAGCAAGUACUGCCGAGCUGGGAACCGGGCUAGCGACGGGAGGCCUUGGUGUCAAUGUUACAAUCCUAUAGACAUCAAGGGCGACUGCUGGAAGGGCGCCCAAUGUGACACAUGCCUGGCCGGGGCCAACGCUUCCUAUGCCGGAAAUAUCAACACUAUCCCCGUGUGCUGUGCCAAAUGUGAGGCUUCAGGACUCAUGCUAGGAAGCACUCUAUGUAACUGCCUCCACAACGGGCCUUAGAGAUCAGGAAAUCCAUCAAACUUUGCGAAUAAACUGGGAAGCCACCUUUUAAAUGAUUAUAUGCACCUUUUAUGUAUUUAGCUCUGAAAAUAAACAAAAUUAUAUUAAUGAUAUAAAAAUAAGAAAUUUGUGGUCAUUCAAUACGAAAAUUAUGAAUUUUCAAAGUAAAUUUUUAUCAAUUUUUACAAAAUCGUUUAAUAAAUUCCAGAUUGAAUGAGCGCUCAUGUAAUAGUUAAAUGUUUUUAAAAAGAACACGUACAGCACUUUCGCGUUGCUUUUUUGAGAGCUACCAUUUUGUUAACAUCGGAAAUUUAGCAUCUUUAUUAUGCAGAACCAUCCACACUUUGACUUUAACAAACAUGAAACUUGUUUGCAAUAUAAUACACAAGUAUUGUAAGAAUACCGUUGGUUUUGGGUGACCCUUUAUUGAUACAAUUACCCAUUAUAUAGGUAUUUAUUGAUGAAAAUUGUAUAUGCAAUAACAUGUUGUUAAAAUGUUUUCUUUUUCUCGAUGUUCAAGCAUUGCUGUCUGGUUAUCUUUGUAGCAUUUAAGAAAUACCGUGAUUAAACGAUUUGAUGCAAAACCUGUGUAUUUAUUCUUUU